AUGAGUCCGAAUUGAGGCACCGCACUUCAGGAGCUCAACAUCUCCCCACGUGUACACUUAUCCUCCACCGUCCCAUCACCUCUUUCGGCUACGUGUCCUUCAAAUUCUACCCGAUAAACACUCUCCGAUUUAUAAAUUCCCCCACCUCAAAUCCCUCCUGUACACACACACUCUCCCUCUCUCUGAAAUUCCUUCCUUUUCUCUCCACUCAAAAACACCUUAUUAUGGCAUCGCAGGAGCUCAAACACAGAACUAAACCAGAAGAACAAGAAGGAGAAACUAAGGAAAUCGACGCCUCUUCCGCUGCCGAUAUGAAUAAUUCCGGCAAACCUGGACGCCAGAAAAAAAGGGCCAUGGCCAGCCGCGGGCUCCGAUCAUUAGUCCUCGCAGUUUCGUUCCCAACUUUGUUAACGAUAAUGGAUAUUUACCUGUUCGGAUCGAGCAAUAGGUACCGUAACACCGAAAAGCCUUUUUAUUUCCCUCCUCUUUGGGCUUUGCACUCGGCCUGUUUGGCAGCUGCUUUUCUCUCGGGCCUGUCUGCUUGGCUUGUUUGGGCCGAAGGUGGGUUUCAUAAGCAGCCCAAUGCUUUGCUUCUAUAUUUGGGGCAACUUGGGCUGAGUUUGGGGUGGUACCCGAUUGUAUUUGGAGCAGGAGCGACUCGGGUCGGAUUGGUGAUGUGUACGGCUUUAUUCGGGGCUAUGGUUGGGUGUUGUCGUAUGUUUCGGGUGGUAAACCCGAUUGCCGGUGAUCUUGUUAAGCCUUGUUUAAUAUGGGCGUUGCUUUUGUCUAUUGUAAAUCUUAGGCUUGUGUACCAUUGAGGAAAUUAGUUUGCAAUAGGUGUAUCAAACGACGUGGUUUUGUGUAUGUAAUGUAAUGGAGUGUUUGAUUUUAUAUUUUUAGGCAAUAUAUAUUAUACAUUUUUAAAGUUCAAGAUUA